AUGCGGCUCUCAUCAAUCGUCGCCUUGGUUCUACCCGUGAAUUCCCUCGAGACACGUACACAGAGAAGCAACUCGUCUUUCUCCCAGCUCUUUGACAAUAAUGUCGCUUCACCACUUCCGGCAGAGAAUAUCUUGUGCCGCAAUGCCGAGAUCGCCUCCCGGCUCGCGGCGAAGCCAGUCCACGGCGUGAGGAAGAUGAGCGACGACGAGGGCGAGAAGUUUUUCCUCGACUACUGGCGAUUCUCCAAUGACACACCCGGGAAUCUACUUGAGCGGAAAGUAGACGAGGAUAUGAACACAACCACCACGGCAAUCGAUGCUAGCCCAGGCACCAUCGAGUGUAUAUCUCCGGAUCACGCCAAUAUGGCAGAUGAGGACUCCCCAGCUGCCAUCUUUCUUGCCAGGUCUUACCCAUUCCAGCCGCCUGCUUUGGUGGAUUCAGGAACUGGCCCACAGAGACGUUCAUUCACCGGCAUAUUGCCAAAUCUGCUGGAAUCCAGGGACUUCAAGUGCCCAACGGGCACGCACGAAUGCAAAGCUAUCAACCGACCCAGUCGCUGCUGUGGUUCGGGGGAGUCAUGCGAGCUGAUUAAGGAUAUCGGGUCCGGGGACGUGGGAUGCUGUCCAAACUGGCAGACAUGUUCCGGGCAAAUUGGAUCAUGCCAGCGGGGAUACACAGCAUGCUCACAAGCUCUGGGAGGCGGAUGCUGUAUCCCCGGGUACGAGUGUGUCCCUGGAGGCUGUAAGUCUUGUUUUACCGUUUGUUCUGUAUUCAUCUCCAGGAACACGACUGACUUGAAUCAUACAGGUGCCUACAUCUCGGUGGUCACUAUAACAGCGCACUCCACCGUGAUCGUCUCUACAAAGACGUAUUCGACAUCUCCCCAAACCAGUCCCUCUUCACCAUCCUCUCCGAGCAGCAUCGGGACCGAAAUUACCGAGAAUCUAGUCCCGCCAGCCCGCCCGACAAGUCCCUCCACAACCACCAGCAACGACGAUGCCUGCCCAACCGGCUUCUACGCCUGCUCGGCUGUCUACCACGGCGGCUGUUGCCGCACAGGCCGAGACUGCGAUACCACGUCGUGCCCCACGACAUCUUCGACAACGUUCACGUCAAAUGGCGAGACAAUUGCUGUGCCGGUUCUGACGACAGGCCACUCAGCUGAGACAGGGCGCUGUGCCAAGGGCUGGUUUAGUUGUGCAGAUACCGUGGGAGGGGGUUGCUGUCCUAUGGGCUUUGCGUGUGGCUCUAGCUGUGUUGCUACUGCUACCGAGACCACCACUGUCGCCAAGGAAAAGCCAACGCAUAACAGUGGAGAAAAACUGAGGAGCUCGGGGUUGGUGCUGGGGUUGGGUCUUCUGGGGAUGUGGUGGUUGUGA